AUGCAAUCUCACCUGGUGGUCAUGUGUAUUGUGGUAGUAUAUAUUUUUUUAUCGGAGCAAGGACCGCACGAGAAGCGUCUCCUGAACGCUCUUCUCAACUCCUACAACACCCUCGAGCGGCCCGUCGCCAACGAGAGUGACCCGCUUGAGGUCAAGUUUGGCCUCACCCUGCAACAAAUCAUUGACGUGGACGAGAAAAAUCAAAUCCUGACCACGAACGUCUGGCUUAACUUGGAAUGGAAUGAUUACAACCUAAGGUGGAAUGACAGUGACUAUGGAGGCGUCAAAGAUCUACGCAUCACACCGAACAAAUUAUGGAAACCGGACGUUCUUAUGUACAAUAGUGCUGACGAGGGUUUUGACGGGACGUACCAGACCAACGUGGUGGUCAGAAACAACGGCAGUUGCCUGUACGUACCCCCGGGCAUUUUCAAGAGCACAUGCAAGAUAGACAUCACCUGGUUUCCCUUCGAUGACCAACAUUGCGACAUGAAGUUCGGUAGCUGGACAUACGACGGCAAUCAGUUGGAUCUCGUGCUAAAAGAUGAAGCAGGUGGCGAUCUCUCAGAUUUUAUUACAAAUGGAGAGUGGUAUCUAAUAGGUAUGCCAGGGAAAAAGAACACUAUAACAUACGCCUGCUGUCCAGAACCAUACGUGGAUGUGACGUUUACCAUCAUGAUUAGAAGAAGAACACUAUAUUAUUUUUUCAACCUAAUAGUUCCUUGUGUUUUGAUAUCUUCAAUGGCCCUCCUCGGGUUCACACUGCCACCUGACUCCGGAGAAAAAUUAACUCUUGGAGUCACUAUUCUACUUUCGCUGACGGUGUUCCUCAACCUGGUCGCGGAGACCCUGCCGCAGGUCUCCGAUGCUAUCCCCCUGUUAGGCACUUACUUCAAUUGCAUCAUGUUUAUGGUGGCUUCGUCUGUGGUGCUAACGGUCGUGGUAUUAAACUACCACCAUAGGACGGCAGACAUACAUGAGAUGCCUCAGUGGAUAAAAACAGUGUUCCUACAAUGGUUGCCGUGGAUUCUACGCAUGUCAAGGCCUGGGAAGAAGAUAACUAGAAAAACAAUAAUGAUGACAAAUAGAAUGAGGGAAUUGGAGUUAAAAGAGCGUUCGUCCAAAUCUCUUUUAGCCAACGUAUUGGAUAUAGAUGAUGAUUUUAGACACGUAUGUUCGAUAUUUCGUACGGACUUUCGGCGAUCGUUCGUCCGUCCGUCAACGAUGGAGGAUGUUGCCGGUGGUCUUGGGGGCCAUCAGCGAGAGCUGCAGUUGAUCUUGAGGGAGUUGCAAUUCAUCACAGCGAGAAUGAAGAAGGCUGACGAAGAAGCCGAACUAAUUAGCGAUUGGAAAUUCGCAGCGAUGGUUGUGGAUAGGUUCUGUUUGUUCGUGUUCACCUUAUUCACGAUCAUCGCGACAGUGGCGGUGCUGCUGUCGGCUCCGCAUAUAAUUGUGCAGUGACCAUCACAAACCGAGCCCGUGUCUGAUACA